AUGUUCGGGUGUGUGGUCGCCGGCCGGUUGGUUCAGACCGACGCCGCGCAAGUAGCCCCGGACAAGUUUGUGUUCAACUUGGCGGACUACGAGCACGUCAAACACGUGGUGGUGUUCAUGCUGGGGACGGUGCCGUUCCCGGUCGGCAUGGGCGGAGCCGUCUACUUCUCCUUCCCGGACCCGGUGAGCGGCGGCCCGGUCUGGCAGCUGCUGGGCUUCAUCACCAACGACAAGCCCAGCGCCAUCUUCAAGAUAUCCGGGCUCAGGUCCGGCGAGGGCGGGGAGCACCCGUUCGGGACGGCGGUGGGCUCCGCGUCCCCCUCCGUGGCUCAGGUCGGCGUGUCGGUGGAGUCCCUGGAGCAGCUCGCCCAGCAGAUCCCGGUGACCAGCGCCGCCGUUUCCACCGCGGACUCGUUCCUGCUGUUCACGCAGAAAAUGAUGGAGAGCCUGUAUAAUUUCGCGUCGUCGUUCGCCGUGUCGCAGGCGCAGAUGACGCCCAACCCCACGGAGACGUUCAUCCCCUCCAGCUGCGUGCUGAAGUGGUACGAGAACUUCCAGAGGAGGAUGACGCAGAACCCCAACUUUUGGAAAAACUGA